AUGGUAUACAAGGAUAUUAAUCAAGUGGCGCGACUACUGCGCCUCAUAUAUCGGCCACAAAACUUCUACGCCAUUCACGUGGACAAGAAGUCCCCACCCAUGUUCUAUAAGGCAGUCCAAGAGGUGGCAAAAUGUUUUGGGGACAAUGUUGGUGUAGUUCCUCGGAGCGAAUGUGUUAACGUCACCUGGGGAGAAUACACGGUCCUUGAACAGGAGCUUGUUGCCGCGCGUCUGCUGCUCAAAAUGGGGAAAUGGAAGUAUCUGAUAACUUUGACUGGCCAGGAAUUACCCCUGAAGACAAAUCUGGAAUUAGUGCUAGGUCUCAAAGCGCUCAACGGCUCUAACAUUGUCGAUGCCAUCCUCAAACGUCGGAACGAAUGGCGAAUCCCUAAAGUCAACUUAUCUUUUCCGGUAAGUAAACAAUAUUUCGAAGUAUUAUUCAUAGUACUUUAAUUCGACUUCGGAGCAUUUCUCAUGAUAGUUAGUGUGGCCAAGCUUCUUCCCAGUGUCUUUCAUUAGCAGUUACGUCUCUUAUUACUUCACUCAUAUUUCAGAAUGCUUGUUACUUUGCUUAAGUAAAGUGGUGACGACUUUUAAUAAACAACAGGAUGCCCCGCAUUCUGUUAUCCUUGGAGUCCAUUUUAACCAAACCCAACCUGGAUAGUUGCUGAUUGCAGCAUCUCAAGCUUGAGUCCGGUCGGAAUGCAGCUUGGGUUUGAAAAGGGAAUUGUCCCAUUUUUCGGACGCCGAAGCACGUUAUGCAGCUGUUCCAUGGAUAUCUUUACUACAUGUUAUCAGAUGAUCUGUGUGGGGCAUACAAAUCGCCCGCCAAAAAGGCAAACCCAAAUAUGCCUAACCUACGGGAGCCAGAAUAAUACAUCUUUCUGAUAAGUUAAAUGAAAAAUCCCAAAAAUCUCCUCUUUAGACAUGAAAGUAGCGAGAGAUCCUAUACUUGUGCAGUACCUUUUUAAAUGAAAAAAUACUCGCUGUUUAUGCCCAUAAAUGGUAUACAUAUAACUUCCGCGUAAGCGUUUGACCGUUACUGUUGUCGUUAGGAUCUUCAGUCAGUAUCAGUAUCAGUCUGUACCGCAUAUUCCACGUGCGGUCGCACAAAUGCCCCAUAUAUUUUCCCAAAGACAUCUGUAUUCAAGUGAAUAAACGUUCUGCUUAUCGCGCUCAUGAUUGACACUGUCCGCGCUGCGACAUUAUAACACUGCGUGGUGACGCUUAGAUAGUCUUUAAUGAAUACAGCGAGAUCUUUUUGCACAUCAUCGGUUUUAAGUGAUUGAUUGUCCAGGAGAUACUGUCGUGGGGGUGCAUUUGUUCUUCGCCUCGCUGAUACUACGUGCAUUAAUGCACAUUUUUUGACGUUGAAUUUCAUGCACCAUUCCUCGCUCUAUGUGUGCAAAUUCUCUACGUCUUGACGUCAUCUUCAUUUUUAUGGCUCUCCAAAGUUUAAGAUCGUCUGCAAAGAGCGCUAUAUCCGAUUUCACGUCCCGCACUAGGUCAUCUACAUAGAUAAUGAAUAGGAGGGGCCCAAGAACCGACCCCUGUGGGACUCCGCUUGUAGCAGGUGCCCAUUCUGAGCAGGAACCACCAGCAGUGACGUUUUGUCCUCGAUCGUUUAGGAAAUCUUGAAUCCAGUUCAGAAUAUUUCCUCUUAUCCCUACUUCUGAGAACUUUUGAACGAGGCGCUUAUGUGGGACGCAUUAAACGCCUUGCUGAAGUCGAAGUAAAUGACAUCUACUGGAUGUCCUUCAUCCAUGGGCGUUGACCAGUGUUCGAGUGACGUAAGCAGGUUUGUGAGGCAGGACCUCUUUUCGCAGAGGCCAUGUUGAACUGAGGUGGUGUGACAGCGGAAUGUAUCAAGUGAUGUUAUUGAUUUUUUAACUAUCAUUUCCAUCAGUUUGCGGCAUAUGCAUGUCAGACUCACCGGUCGGUAGUUGGUGGGACAGAGUCGUGAUCCUCCCUUGUGGAUAGGUACGACGUUUGCCAACUUCCAUGUGUCAGGUAGUUUACCAGCUUGCGGCGACUUUUGGAAGAUUAUAGAAAGUGGUUUUGCUAAUUUUUUAACUAACUGACGUAGUAGUAUACCUGGGAUCUUAUCUGGUCCAGGUGACUUAGCCGGAUCCAGCUUAUUUAACUCUGCUAAAACUAACUGGGCUGUAAAAAAUACUAUGUCUAUAAGUGGUUGUUUGGCGAGCUGUGGAAGAGAAGAGGACUGAAGGAGUGGUCCCGUGGUGUAGACACUUUUGAUAAACUCGGAAAGAAGCUCGGCUUUUUGAAAGCCACCGCUAAGAAUUUGGUUAUUUUUGUCCUUUGAGGUUGCCAGAUGGUCCCGGUUUUGCGUAUUGCUCAUGAUAUGUGCAUAGAAGGCUUUAAAUUUUUGCUGCGCCUCUUCUAGGAGCUUUAGUUCAUAAGGAGCUCGUAUUUCACGGAUAAGUCUUUUGCAUCAGGUUCUUUGUUGUCCGAAUUCCUGAAGAUUUUCUGGGUUCUCCGAUUGUAGGAAGAUUUUCCACAACUUGAGUUUUUGUCAGACUUCCUUCUUAACCGAUGUUGUCAGCCAUUUCGGUUGGUUUCCGGUUGGAUGUUUCUUGAGGAGACAGUAUCAAUCAAUCAAGUCUCUCAAAGUUGACUGGAAGGUUGUCCAGCAUUCGUUGACAUCUCUUCGUAAUGCUUCCGUCCAUAGUCUGUGUCCAAACUCUAAUGUCAUUGCCUCAAAUUUACCCCGCCAGACAUUUCUUAACGACUUUGAGCAUUGUUCGCGGACAGCUACGAGUGUCGACUCCCAAAUUAAUGCCAUGUGAUCACAAGAACCUAGGGGCGGGUCCACAUUUAUUUCAUCAACGCUUAUCACGUUCUUGGUAAAAAGUUAGUUUGGGAAACUAGCCCUCUGACCUUCACGCAUCCGAGUCACAGUUCGUACAUGUUGAAACAGAAAUCCAUCGAAUGUCACGUCUAAUAGCUCGUGGUCAAAUCCUCUUCUGUGGCCCUUAACUGUCAUAAGGUCCCAGUUAUUCCGCGGCGCUUUGAAAUCUCCUACAAUAAUAAUGUUUUGCUCUCGACUGUCCUCGCGGAGUCGAGUGAUUAACGCUUGACCUUCGUCGACAGGUUGGUUUGCAGACCUAUAUACAACGGUGACAGUAACGUUUUCGACUUUGGGGACCAGCAAAUGACACUGCAGAAUCUCCAGAUCAUGCUCAUUUACACAUUCUUCAAGGGGUUAUAUUCGACCGCAUUGCUGAUAUAUAGGGCAACUCCUCCAACUCGCUUUUUGGUUCGGUCUCAUCUUAGCACUUGCUAACCAUCUAAGUGUAUUUGGGGUCUGUGGCAUCUGGGGUGGGCCGCGUUUCAGUUAAUGCAAUAACAUCAGGCCAUAGUUCGGCUACAAUUAUUUUAAGUUCGUCGAGUUUGUCCAAGAGGCUUUGUACAUUUCCGUAGAAGAACUUAAUUUAACGUAGGUUGUUGUUUCGAAUUAGUUGUCCGGCUGUGUGUCCUUCGUCAGUAUGGCAGGCGUCCUCCACAGAUGUUUUUGUCGUCGAACAAUCACUCCGUCCAUUAUUACUAGUCCCCUCUCUCCUUGUUCUUUCAAGGUCGCCAACUCCGCCCUCAGCGUCCUCCAUUUCAUUCUCUUGUAAUGAGCAAUCCGGUUGAAAAAAGACCUCUAUGGCCAGGGGUCCCCCUACUGUUUGUUCAAGUAGAAGAUCCCUCUGGAGUUUACUUUCUAAAACUAUCUUUAAAGGCCUUGGUUUAGUCCCUUGAGAGCUCGCGCUAUCUUUCCUGUUUAGGUGGAAAAGUUUUAGAAUCUUAAUGGCUUCAAUUUUUUUUAUUAUGUUACCCAGACAGUCUUGCAAGGUCAUGUUAUCAGCAUUUGCCAUAGAUCUGGGGUUAUCGUUGGUUGAUUCACGAAGUCCAUGGACGACUAUGCAUUGUGAUCUGUCGACGGCACCUCUGUCCGACGAGUUCUGUUAGAUAAUUGGUCUGACUGAUGACGAGCGGGAUAUAUAUAUAUAUAUAUAUAUGUAAAAGUCUAAUCAUAGCUGGAUGCACGCCGAUAUGUUGACUUCUCUAGGCACACAAGCUCCAUAUAGGUGGCAUAGGUCAUGGAAUGACGACCAACUACGAGUUCGAAGUCGGCCAAGUUAUAAUUUCAGCACAGAGGAUCGCCAGAGAAUGCGCGUAAUUCGAUACAGUACUGUUUUGGGCUUACUUUGACUUAAUUAAGCCAUCCGAAAUCCUGACCAGCAGCUGUAACCAGAAAUCCAAGCCUGUGCUCAUUCACGGUGCAGAUGGUCCACAGAGGGGUCAAGAACAUGGGUCAUAAGCACUUCAUCGAAUCGACGUUCAUCAGUACCACGCUACCUGCCAUUCUCUGCCGCUGCAGAUCCGUUAUUUAUUUUCUCAGGAAUGGGCGUACACCGAUUUACUGGCUUUCCGGAAAAAAGAUGCUUCAUAUGGCUCAUAGGGGUUCAGGAACAGGCAAAAACCUAUUGUGCGUGUAAAGCGUAUCCACGUACACAUAUGCAAAGUAUCAUUGCCGAAACUGGCAAGGGAGACUAAAUCCACCAGUUUUGGCUUAUUUGUCUUCAUUAGAUCGCCAGAUCCGAUCCCAGUUUUUAAAAUUCCUGGGCCUCCAACGCGCGACCAGUUGUUUAGAAGUUAAUCUUCCUAGCCUCUGAACUGAGGGGCCGAUCUCUAGGAGAGUUAGGAAAAUCUGUUUGAUAAAUUUUCGACUCCCAUUCCCCAAGAUGCAAAUCAAGUGCGCAAAAACUGUUUCGGAUACUACCUCUCCUCAAUGAUCAAAUUAUUGUGAUUGCAGUUCCAUCCGGUCUUGGUUUACUCAGCCUCACCACAUCCCUCGUUUCAUAACCGUGACUGACGAAAAAACUUGGCUGAGCUUGGUUAAUAGGCUGCAAAACGUUUGAUCCCAAUUUGUUCAUGUAUGCCUCUUCAAAUAGUUAAGACAAAUGAGAGUAUUCAUCCCGUGCGGAUAUCUUGAGCAUGGUCGUUGUUUAUGAGUUUAUAUGCUCACUUAGCACUGUGAUAACUUUUAUUGUCUAUAACUCAUAAGGCAAUUCCUUUUGUAUUAUUACCUGAAACAAAGCUGACAUGGAUGAAGAAUGCGGAUCACGUUGUGCUCAAAAGGGAAUUCGUCGAGUACAUGUUUAACGACCAGAGGGCUAUCGAGGUGACAGAAGCGCUGCGUCAGUUUGCAUAUAAGAAGCACCCCCCUGAGCAGUUGUACGGGACCCUCGCCUACAAUGCACACUUGGGAGCGCCUGGCGCCUGUCGGAAUCUCCACGAGUUCGGUGAUGAGAACGUGGAUGUACUUCGCCUUCCGGGGAUUGUCCGCUACAAGCUCUGGAGGCCAAACCCAUGUCCUACCAAGUACGUCCGUGAUAUUUGCAUUCUCGGAUCUCAACAUUUGCCGGAAUUGGUAAACUCCCACAAGUUAUUUGCCAACAAGUUCCAUCAGGACUAUUUCCCCGAAGGAUAUGACUGUCUUGAGUACGCAAUUGCUGAUCGCGCCUACAAGGGUCCAGCAGCCGGCUUCGAUCCUUCCAUUUUCGCGAACCUAUACUGCUCUUCUGACCAUAUAUAA